UACCUUACCCAUUUAUUUUUCCCUUAUUUGUUUUCUCUCGAUAUUUGUCCAUAAUAACGUUCUCUUUGUCCCUCAUCUUAUCCUGCACCCACUCCCUUAUAACCCCCCCUACUUCACCACUUCACAAUCAAUCUUCUUUAUCCACUCUCUAUCUCUCUUAAAAUUAAAACUAAGCAUGUGCUCUGCCAUAUCCCAAGUGGAACAAGAAGAGUUGCUCGAAAAAUUAGAGGUGUUCAAGAUCAAAGGCAGGGACAAGCAUGGCCGCAAGAUCCUUCGCAUUAUCGCCAAACUCUUCCCAGCGCGGUUGGUGAGUGUUGAUGUUCUGAAGAAGUACCUGGAGGAUAAGGUUUUCCCGAAGCUGGGGAAGAGGAAAUUCGUGGUGCUGUACGUGCACACCGGCGUCCAGAGGAGCGAGAAUUUUCCCGGAAUCUCCGGUCUCCGGUGGAUCUACGACUCGAUUCCGGCGAACGUGAAGGAGAACCUCGAAGCCGUUUAUUUUAUUCACCCGGGCUUGCAGGCCCGCCUUUUCCUCGCUACCUUCGGCCGUUUCCUCUUCAACGCUGGGCUGUAUGGAAAGCUGAGGUACGUGAGCAGGGUUGAUUAUCUGUGGGAGAAUGUGAGGAGGAACGAAGUGGAGAUUCCGGAGUUUGUGUUUGAUCACGACGAGGAUUUGGAUUACCGUCCGAUGAUGGAUUACGGAUUGGAGAGCGAUCACGCUAGAGUGUACGGUGGUGCUCCAACUAUGGAUUCACCCGUCACCACCUACUCCAUGAGGUGCAUCUCAUAGGAUUCCCGAUUCCUCUCCAGGAUAUCUGCGCCUCUUGUUUUUUGUGCGUUAGGUAGAUUGGGCCUCCCUGUUAGUUAUAUGGGCCCAUAGCUAUGUGGUUGUUGAUAUUGUGCAGAAAGAAAAAGUAGUAAAACAAGCUUUUUUUAGGUCUUGCUAAUGUGUUAAUACUUAUCCAAUAGCAUUUUCGGUUUUCGUUGGAUGAUUCAGUUCAGUGAUAUUUCAAAAUGAAUUCCACCGGCUGAUUCUUUUGAUA